AUGGAUCCAUGUAAGUCUUACGAAGUUGCAGAAAGGACUAUUGGUGACAAUGCAGACAAGAAGGAUCCUCUAAUUGAUAAUUUCAUGAGUGAUUUUACAAAAGAUGAUUCUGAAGAAAAACAUAAAGACAAGAUAUUUCUUUACUCUGCGAUUGGAAUUGUUACGCUAAUUUUAGUUUCUUUUGUUUUACUGACUUGUUUAAUUUAUGCUUGCUUACGCUGUAAGAGACGUUGUAAUCAAUACAAAUUGCAUUGCGAGGGGAAGUGCCAAAAAUGUUGUCGUUGGGUUUUUAGUAUUUUGCUGCUGCUUCUUUUACCUUUGAUUCUAUAUUUUCUUGCGAAUGCUAUUGAUUGGACGCUUAAAAAUCGGGAAUUUGAGAAAGAGCAUGAAAGCUCUUAUGAAAGCAGUACACCAGGAAAUUCUACUAAGCUGCGAAGUAUUGAAAAAGCACUCGUUACUGACUAUCACAAUUUUCAUGUCGCCGCCUUCCGUUCUGUGGAUGAUAUCAUUUCAAGUUCCUCCCAGCGUGCUAAAAAGGAUCUGGAUUCUGAUUUAGAUAGUGCGUGCAGUACACCAGCAGCAAGGCAGCAGUUAAAUGAAACCGUUUCGAAUAUGCAAAAUGAUAUCGAUGAACUUUGUGUAGAGAUUAUUAUGUGGAAUGAUUUUACACGUGCCAUUUUUCGGAAUAUGACAACAUUUUUGGCCCAAACGAAAGAGGGUCGUGCUUUCUAUUCAAAAUCGAAUUUUAUAAAUUCGGAUAGCCUGUGGAUGCAAAUGUCAACGUUAUUUAAAAUGAGCGAAUUGCUUCGCUUGCUUGGGAAUAUCGUGAAUAGCACCGAAGAGGUCUACAGCCAAUCAAAUAUGUUGACGAAAAAUUUGGAUUCAGUUGUAAAACAAGUACUGACACCAUAUUUGGACGAAGUGAAUGAUGAUUUAGAAGGAAGAGGCAAUACUCUUCGUGUUCUUUCCCAAAAUUUGACGGACGAGUUUGCUGCGAAUGAUGCAAAGCUAAGAUCAACCGAUAGCUCCGACGAGGAACGCAAAUACAAAGCAGCUCCCACGUGGGUGUUGAUUUUCGAAUGGCUAUGCUUUGUUUGGAUAAUUUUGAUAGUAUUUAUCUUACUGAUGGCAUUGAUACUAAGAUGUUGCGGACAACGCUGGAGAGGUGAGAGUGAACGUGAAAGAAAAAGAAAAUGCUGGAGUCAGCAGUGUGGUUCCUCUUUAUUCCAAUUAACAGUCUAUAUGAUGAGCUUGUUAUAUCUGCUCGCUCUUCUACCCAUAUGGUGGAACUACGAAUAUGGUGUGGCCGCCUACAAUGAACGGUGCACAAGGGAGAGACUUGAAAGAGCUCAACAAUACAGAUAUAGACGAUCCGUAAGUAAUUUGGGCGCUGAAACAACUUCGAACCUAUCUACUUCAGAGACAACGGAUGAAAUGUUGGCUUCAUUGACCGAAUCAUCGGACGCGUUAGCAUCUGCAGAUAGAAAUCAGUCGAUGAGCGAAAGAGCUGAAGCCGAUGAUGAGGCUAGCGAUACAGCUGAAGAGCCUGCGAAUAUUUGUCGAAAUCGGGAAAAUAAUGCAUUUCUGGCGUCAAAUGCUAUGAAAGUGGGAAACAGAAUGGCACCAUCACUGAAUAUCAGCGAAGCAACUAUGGAAUUGGAAGCUAAAUUUACAAAAAUGUCGCCAGUCAAGGAAAAACUUAAGCAAAACGCAUUAUAUGCCGAUGAAAGUUCUUUGCUAGAAGUCUGUAAUGAUUUCAAAAUUCAAUUUGACCUGAAGGAAUUUAUAAGGUAUUACAAUGAAAUGAACUCAUUUGUGAGUGAGGAAAUGAAAAAUCCAAGAGAGGAUUUAGAACUUUCCCAUUGUAAUUUGUAUGUGCUAAAGAAGCAUUUGAUAGAUCCGUUUGAUAAUCAUGAAAUACCCAAACUCAUGGCACACAUUGCCAAGCAAUGCAAACAGAUUGAAACAAAUUUUGAAGGAGGAUUCCACAAAGGCACAGAAAGUUGCUUGGGGGAGGUGGAAAAAAUUGAAAGAUUUUCAAAGGACAAACUGGUUGGCGUGUUGAAUGACACUACACAAGAUUUGGAUGAAAUGUUUGUGAAUGGUUUGAAGAAUUACCGAUCAUUUGCCAGUGAAGAACUGAGUAGAGCAGUCAAUACAACCAAUGACGAUAUUGAACGGUAUUCUGAAUGUGUGCAGUAUGCGCAUGGCAAGAAUGGCAUUUGGAUACCGUUAUUUCUAAUAUUGCUCUUGUUCUUGCCAUUAAUACCGAUAGCCAUAUAUUUGAGUAGACUGUACUCAUGCGCUGAAAGAAGAACGGAGUGUUACUGCUAUGAAGAGCGCCUAUAUAAUGCAAUAAGAGAUCGUUUGUAUAAAAGAAGCCGUGAAAUUGAAUCUUAAGCCAGGACACACGUUAGACCGUGAAAAGAUUCUCCUCAAAUUCAACGUAAAAUACAAAGUCAUACAUCUCGAAGACAGCGCGUAACGAAAGUUCCGCUGCAAACGGAAUUGGAUGAAAUGAAUCGGCACGGCACGCAAAAACCCAACUGCAAAGUAAAAUAUAGAAUUAAAAUAGGCAUCUUCUCAAAACCGAAUACUUCAGAAUUAUCUUGAACUUAGUUCGUUAUACAUACCGACGGCUGACACCCUCUCUCAGAAAAUGGCUCAAGAACGCCCUACUUCAGUAUUUGGUAG